AUGAGACCAACCAAUCCAACAUUCAACGCUGCCAAAUCGAGCUCCUUUAUUAAAAGUAUUCCAGUUGAAUUAUAUCCGCUGUUCGCAGCCUGCGGAAUGGCAUGCGUUUCCGCCAUCUACUUCUCCUCCAAGAAAUUGAGAACAGACAAGACGUUGAAGCUGGGGAGAGAGGUCCCCAAGUUUGACGACAAGUUGGAGGAAGUCAUCAGCAAACAAGAGUGA